UUGAAUCGGUGGGAGAGAGAGUUGGGCAGAGACGGGCGCUAGUACAUCGAAGACAAUGGCAUGUGAUGUCGCCGCCAACGAACCACCCUCCAUCCCCACCAUAUUGGAGCUUCGCACGCUCGACAAGGCCCCCGCCGUCUGCCCCGUCCAGGAGCCCCGCGUGCCCGACAAGUCUCCCGCCGUCUGCACCGUCCGGGAGCUCUGUGCGGGCGAUGCGCCGUCCGCCAUGGGCAGGGCCCCCAAUCUCUGCGCCGGCGACACACGAUCGAGCUUGCUCGUGGUGAUGCUCAUGUUUGCAACUACAAUGUCCAUGGGCAUGAAUACGCAAAGAGGUACUAUCUUGGAGAUGGUAUAUACCCUCCUUGGUGCAUAUUUGUCAAGAGCAUCAAAGACCCACAAACUAGGAAAUAAUGUGAAUUCACAAGGGUACAAGAGGCAACCCGAAAAGACAUUGAAAGAGCAUUCAGGGUUUUGCCAUCUAGGUUUGCCAUUGUUUGUGGUCAUGCUCGUUUUUGGGACAAGCGAACCUUGAAAAACAUCAUGACAUGCUGUGGUAUUCUUCACAAUAUGAUUAUCGAAGAUGAGAUAGGCAUGAACUUGGAGUUCUUCUACUACAAUGUGGGUAGCCGUGUCAAACCAGUUAGAGACCCUAACCACACUAGAGCUUUUGUUCAGACCUACAAGGAGAUUGAAUAUGCAAACACCCACUUUCAGCUUUAGGAGGAUCUCAUUGAGCACCAUUGGCAAAGGGCUGGGUAGUAACACAUUCCAUUUUUCCAUUCAUUUUCAUUUAAUUCAUCUAUGAUUUGUAUUCGGGACAAGUUUGUAAUUAAUUAUU